CCCGGGGCCCUCACGCCUCCACGCGGCUCGAAUUUCUGUGGUGAAUCAGUGGGAACGUCGUCACGGAACCAGAAUCGCCGGCGCGGAGCAGAUCUGUGGGAUUACCGACGGCCUGUUUUCAGUCCUCCCGCACCGAUUCCACCGCGAUGACGCUGGCAGCGACUUUGGUUCUGACGCGUUGAGGGAUUAUAUCGUCUGAGUGUUGGUGGGAGAGAUCCGCGCGCGCCGACCACGUCCUCCCCGCCGACCACCAUGAACCUGAUCGGGGGUUACCAGCACCACCACCACCUGAUGCACGAGCCCUUCCCCUUCGUGCAGCGGUGCCACCAGGAGGCUCCGUACUUCCAGAGCUGGGUGGUGAACCACGGGGAGGUUCCUCCGGACUUCCAGCUGCAGACACCGUAUCCUCCGGCGGAGAUGCCUCCGGGAGCCACGCACGACGCCCGCCUGGAGGGCCUGCACGUCGGCAUGGGGAAGCGGCGAGCGUCGGGGCCCAAGAAGGAACGCCGGAGGACGGAGAGCAUCAACACCGCCUUCGCAGAGCUCCGAGAGUGCAUCCCCAACGUCCCCGCAGACACCAAACUGUCCAAAAUCAAAACGUUACGCCUGGCGACCAGCUACAUCGCAUAUCUGAUGGACGUUCUGGCCAAAGACUCUGGGGAGACGGAAGGCUUUAAGGCUGAAAUUAAGAAAUUUGAGAAUCGGGAUCUCAAGCGGAAACGAGAGACGCCUGACGGUCCUCCGGAGUCUCUCGGCGUGGAGAAGAAGGCGAAGGGCCGAACCGGCUGGCCGCAACAGGUCUGGGCUCUGGAGCUCAACCAGUGACCCCCUUCUCUCUCCCCUCCGGAUCCCCCAAAAACCUCCACACAGACUAAACAUUCAACCACUGAGUGACCGUGAACGCACCGCAGUGUGAUGGGGCUUUCUUACCGGACGUAAACAAACAUGGACGCUUGUUUCCUUCGGUGUCUUUUUUUUUUUUUUGUACGGUGUUUCUUCGUGUCUUCUCGGAUUCUUUCCAGUGUUGUUGUGCAGAUCUUUAAAGUGCUUUAGCGUUUUGGCGCUAAGACGUUCAAAAUGGCGAUUUCUACGGUACGUUUAUGUAUUUAAGUAAAUUUCAGCGAUAGUGGCCGCUGAUAUUAUAUUUAUAUUAAUCUUUGUAAAGCAAAUAAAACCACCAAACUGUGUAACACUUGUUACAACUAGACACAUUUCUGAGUAAAUUGUUUUUAUAAGUUUACUUGUAAAGCCGCAAUUUCAAGCGAACGCAUUCAUUUUUUCCAACACGUUUUGAAUGUCUCACUGAGGGCUAUAUUGCCACUUCCGCCGGUUUCACCCUCAAAUGUACAGUGGUCACGAAACCUCAAAACAGAAACUAAUAAGUUUAGUCAUGCAAAUCAUUUACAAGCAAAUUAAUUUCGCCAGAAAAUGAAUUAGCCAAGCGAAGCCCCAGUGCCCAUAUCGCGCGUGACUUUUUUUUAAAUUAAGUAUUUUACGUUAAUGCAAAAUACAUUACUGAAAUUAAAUUCACACACAUUAUAUCAUUUUGAAACGCAACUUUGACCUAUUUUUAAAACCAGGUUGCAAUGUUGUCUGGUUUUUAUCCGACCUAUAGCCCCCUCGGAAAAAGUCGGCUCGCCGCGCGCACUUCUGUUUAUUAAAAUUGCAUAUAGCUUGGUGAUGUAACGGUUAAAGUUAAAAGUCAUUAAAUUACCAAUAAAACAAGCGAAAAUACGAUUUCAUUUGAUUCUGAAAACAAAGUGCAAAAUUCCCUUGGUACUUGAAUGUCUUUCUUUUAUUAUUUGAAUUUCAAAAAAUUUACUUUAAUAGCAUGUUUCCCUGAGCCAGCUUCCAGUAUUUUACGCGAUUUAACUUUGAAUGAAGUAAAUACACGCAAAAAAAGGUUCUGACGGAACUGCAACAACGCAAAACACGGCAUUUCAGUAUUACAUUAAAGGCAGAAGUAAAGCCUUUGACACACUUUUGGGGGACGAGCCGGAUCUUGGCGUUACUUCUGCGCAUUUAUUUAAAAACUCACUUUUAAACUCCUGGUUUGCUUCCUGCAGACGUGGACUGAGAAUGACUGAAUCUACCUCAAAAUUGUCACUGUCCGUUUGACACCGAAUGUUCCGCAAACGCACCACGUACAACGACGCCAGAGUUCUAUAUGGGAGCAGUAUUUCUGUGGCAAAUGUACAUUAGAUGUGAAGUUAUAUAUAGUUGCGUAAAUAAAUGAUUAUUUUAAGAGCUGACGUGUAGAUGUUUUUGACUUCCUGGUCGUGGAAUUGUCGAAUCUGGGAAUACUAACGCUCAUCAAGGUUGAUUUUUGCAGCACUUUUUUUGUUUAUGUAUCGUUAAAAAAUACACGCCAAUUCAAAUUACUGUCGGACACGUUAUCAGGGAAAACAUUUUCACAUCUACACUACUUUAUUUUGGCUGAUAUUUCUUAAUAGUUAUGUACCGUUACGUUGCAUAUAUGUUGUUUGGACGCGAAAACAAAAAAGACAAUCUCUGUGAAUUGAACUUACUACUCAAUAAUGUUCUCAACUUCACGUUUCGGUUAGAAAA